GGUGUGUGCUUCAAAGAUAAUAAAUCGUAUUGAUCACUGUGAUUUUUUACAAUAUCCCAAAAAAUAUAACAUGUACGUUAGAACUAAUAUAUUUGUGAGAAAUGAACAGUGCAAGGAAUCAUGAAAAACAGUGAUGUGAACAGAACUCCAGUGAUGCAUCAAACCAAACAAUGUGGACGGUAUGUCUGCUGUUCACAGGAAUCUUCCUUAUCUGCUUCGGCAGCUGCGUCUUCAUUUUCUUCGAAUCCAUUUACGAUCUUCUCUUAAACUACGGCUUAAGAUUUGAGCCGAACUCUGAGGCAUACCAGGGAUGGGCGAGGAGUCCGCCAGUUGAGACUAACAUUUAUUUAUUCAACUGGACCAAUCCUGAAGAUAUUAAGAAUCAUUCGGUGAAGCCGGAGUUUGAGGAACUUGGACCUUAUAGGUUCUAUGAGAUUAAGGGGAAGAGUAAUAUUUCCAUGUUUGAUGAUUAUGUAAAUUACAAGACGUAUACGUCUUCGUUCUUUGACGAGAAGAAGGAGGGUAGAAAUUUAAGUGAUGUGAUAAACUCCAUUAAUACUGUUGCUGUGAGUAUAGGAUACCAAGCCAGAUUCCAAGGUUACUGGACUAAAAAAAUGAUCUCGCUCGGAAUCAGUUCUAGAAGUGCUCAGCUCUACGUUACCAAAACAGCUCGUGAAUUGCUCUUCGACGGUUACGAUGAUCCUAUAUUAGGAAUCAUCUCCAAAAUACCGUUUGUUGACGCACCUGAAAAAGGAGGAUUAUUUUAUGGGAGAAACGGCACCAUAGGCUUGGACGGUACAUACUCAGUGCACUACAAAAACGACGAACAUUUCGGGGAAGUACUGCUCUGGGAUGGAAAAAAAGAAACUAAUUUUUUUAGUGGUGAAUGUAAUGCUGUAAAGGGAUCAGGGGGAGAGUUCUUUCCACUUAACCGAAAAAGGGACCAAAUAGUUAUGUUCUCGUCAGAUCUUUGUAAAUCUCUGGUGCUAGAAUACGUUGAAGAUGUUACCAUUAAGGGAGUGCAUGGAUAUAAAUACUCAGCCGAAUAUGGUUUUGAUAAUGGAACCGUCCAUCCAGAGAACGCGUGUUUCUGCAACGGUGAAUGCAUCCCGACAGGAGUGUUUAACAUAUCCAGCUGCCGGCAAGGUUCACCGAGCUUUCUGUCGUUCCCGCAUUUCUACAACGCUGAUCUCGUUUACCAGAACGCCGUGAAGGGGAUGAAGCCCAAUAAAACCCUGCAUGAAUUUUACAUGAUUCUUGAGCCGAAAUCAGGCGUUGUGAUGGAAGUACAAGCUGGAAUGCAAUUGAAUAUGCUUAUACAGCGUGUUUCUAGUAUAAGCUUGUACGACAAACUACCCAAAAUCUUCAUGCCUGUCUUCCACAUCACGCACAAAGUGGAAAUGACGGACGAGAUAGCCUCUGGUUUAAGAAUGCUGCAAAGUCUUCCCGAAUAUUGUAACUACUUCUUCUACACAACUCUAAUGCUGGGAUGUUCCUGCAUUUUUUUUGCUCUCUUCUCCUUAUUUUGUUGUAAGAAAGAAAAAGUAGAAAUUAAAUAUGAUAAUGAACCAGUGAAAACCAGUUUGUACGAACAAGUUCCCAUGAGUGAGAAAAAGGCUGAUAUUGUAUGGACAUAGGUUUUGUUAUUACUUAGUUUAUUAUAUUUUUUUAUUAAACAG